AUGUUUGAAAAAUUUUAUUGGUUAAUACUUUGUAUCUUUAACGUACAACAAGAAGAAGGAUGUAGACUGAACACACGCAUCCAUUUCGGAGAACCAUUACCCGUGAUUUUGAAAAAUGGUAUGUUGCUAGAACCCAAUGAUGGUAGCGGUAACGUAGUUCUAGACAAUGGAGAGAGUUUGACCGUGAGUUGUGAAGGUGCUGGAACUAUCCUUCAUCCGAGUUCUACACAGGCACUCUCGACUGCGUCCAUUAUUUGCGGAGGCGGUGUCAACUUUAAGAAUGACGAAUGGUUAGGAUCACCUGCUUCAUUUUGGUACUUCAGAUGUUCUUUUCCACCAAAUCACUUAAGCCAACGGACUAAUCGAACUUGCUUUGAAGGGAACCAAAUUGUCGAAGUUGGUUAUAGAAUUCAAAACCAAUUUUAUUCAGUUUACGAGUCGUGUUUUAAUCAUCAAAGUCUUAAUCCUAUAUACUCAAAAUACACCCAAAAGCCUUAUAACGCUUUGUAUCAAACAAAAGUUGAUCGUCCUUUUUUUAUAGAUGAUGGCAAUUAUGGUUCCGUACCGGUAAAUAGUCUUUUCUCUCCCAAAGGGCAAAGGAAUGCUGUAGCUCAACUAGUUGGUAGUGUUAUUGAUACAUACAUUACCGAGUAUCAACUAUUAUCAAGAGGACAUCUGGCUGCAAAAACAGAUUUUGUUUUUGCUUUCGGAGAGAGAGCUACAUUUCACUACGUUAACUGUGCUCCUCAAUGGACAGGCUUUAAUGGUGGUAACUGGAACACUUUAGAGGUCGAUCUAAGGAACCACAUACAUGUCGCUGGCUAUGACACGAUAAUUUAUACAGGAACAUAUAGUGUAACAAAACUCUUAGAUCGCUCCAAUCGAAGGGUUGAUUUAUACCUUUAUAGUGACGUAAAUAACAAUCCAAUAAUACCAGUUCCAGAAUACUUUUACAAAGUUGUAUACGAACCCCGAACUAAACGUGGAAUUGCUUUUGUUGGAAUAAAUAAUCCCUAUUAUAAUAAAAGUGAAGCUUGGGAUCUAUUCUUUUGUAGAGAUAUUUGUAGAGAUAAAAAUUUUCGAUGGUUGUCUUGGCAUCCGGAUAAUGCAGCAGAGGGGUAUGCUUUCUGUUGUAGUGUACAAGAUUUUAGAUAUACCAUCAGACAUUUACCUGACUUCGAAGUGUUGGAUAUCUUAACGUGA